AACAACAACAACAACAAUAAUAACGUAAUCACGUUAAAAAGUAAACCUUCUUUGGAAAUUUAUCGACCUCCAGGUUUAUAGUUCAUUGUUUUGUAUUAUAUUAUCUUUCAAGUUUGAUUUUACUUUUAAGAUGAUGGAACAAUUUUUCUAAAAGAUGAUAUUAUUAUUUUUAGGAGGAAGAACGGAAGGUACCACGGCAAACACAACUAAUCCACGAUUAAACGUACAUGCCAAGGAGUUCACUAUGAAGCAGAACGAUUCGCAUCCUUCUAAGUCUCGGACGAAUGCUUCAGAGCGAUCUCCGUAUUAUUUGCAACACAGUAAGUCGAGUGGCAAUGUGCAUCGGUAUCUUUAUGCCCAGCAGCAACAACAGAUACAACAUACCCUUCAGCAACAACAUCAUCAAACGUCUCGUCACUCUCACAAUCAAAGCGGUCACCAUUCGACAGGAUCUGCAUUGCGACAAUCACAUCCGCUUGAUACUUCAGCGUCAAGUGGAAAUAUAUUACACGGCUCGAGUAGGGUUCACUUCAAUAUGGAUCAAAACGACGUCAAAGCAAACACGGCGAAACCUAGGCUCACAAAGUCGCUAUCCUUUGUCUCCACUUAUGGAUUGAAGCGAUCGAAAAGCUUGAACGCAGCCGACGUGAUGGCUGCGAAGGCAGUGAAUAUUUCAGAUGCUUCUGAACUGGGCAAAUUCCCACCUGUGAUUCAGGACACGCUUUUGAGAGCUAUAGAAGAUCCAAAUCUAUUAAAUGCUCGAGCCUUAAUGGAACUCGUGCGACAUAUUCUGGAGAGGGUCGUCGAGAAUAGAAAGUACGCUGAACCAGCAGCGAAAAUUUGCAUCACUGUUAUAGAGAAAGAAACAAAAGAAACUUUCUUGGAAUCUUUAUUAAACAUCUGUCAACAAUGGUAUCAAGACCGAAUCAAGAUGCUCUACGAUGGAUCCAACUAUCGUUACUCCGCCUUUAUGACGUUUUUGAACGAAAUGUAUUGCCAGUUAAAACGGAGGCAGCUUCAGUUGAAGACACAACAGGAGGGUGUUCCUCCCGGACGUGUUCUUCUCACGCUGCUUUGGAAGUGUUGCCAAGAUUGCUUACAGCCUCCGAUUGUAAAUUCCUUGGCUGAGACUGACUGCCUGUUCUUCAUCUUAACCUGCAUUGGCAAAGAUCUCGACACUGAAUUACCAGCCCAGUUACAACAGUUGCUUAAAAACUUAAGAGACGCUUUCCUCGCGGAAGAAAGAAUACUACCUUCAGUCCGGAAGACCCUUUUACAAUUGAUCGAACUUCACGCGGCGCAUUGGCAACUCCCAGCACCAGCAGUCGUUUAUUAUUAUCCUGGAUCGACUUCGAAAUGAUAUUUCCACCGUCUCGAUCUUUCUGUCAGUUUGUUGGCUUUUUGUCUAGAUACGCGUAGACUUGUGAACGUGUGUGUGAGCUCGUUGACAGAGUUAUUUGUACUUGAACACACACAAACUUCAUGGACCAUGCGAAUAGAACGAUUGCUGUCAAUGAGAGCAAGAGAAUGCAGGAAGUAAGAAAUUGUUUGAAGGUGACAAUUUGGAGUCUUGAUUUUACGCGUCUGACUAUCAUGAAGACAUUAAUUUAUAUUGGGAAUGGUGCUAUAGCUUUUGAAUGUUGUUGUUGUUGUUGUUUUUUUUUUUU